AUGUCUUCUGGUUUGGUCUUAGAAAACACGGCACGUAGAGAUGCGUUAAUCGCCAUCGAAAAGAAGUACCAAAAAAUAUGGGCUGAAGAGCACCAAUUUGAAAUCGAUGCGCCAUCAAUCGAAGAUGAGCCCAUUACAAUGGACUCUGAAGAGUUACAUCGCACGUAUCCUAAAUUCAUGUCGUCUAUGGCCUAUCCUUAUAUGAACGGUGUUAUGCACGCCGGCCAUUGUUUUACUCUCUCCAAAGUCGAAUUUUCUAUUGGUUUUGAAAGGAUGAACGGUAAAAGAGCUUUGUUUCCAUUGGGUUUUCACUGUACAGGUAUGCCAAUCUUAGCAUGUGCCGAUAAACUAAAGAGGGAAGCCGAACUUUUUGGCAAGAACUUCGACAAUGUACCAGCAGAAGAAGAAGAAAUUAAAGAAGAAACGCCGGCUGAGAAAGACCACGAGGAUGUUACCAAAUUCAAAGCUAAAAAAUCUAAAGCCGCAGCCAAGAAGGGCCGUGGUAAGUACCAAUUCGAAAUCAUGUUACAGCUUGGUAUCCCUAGAGAAGAAAUCAUUAAGUUCGCCGACGCCAAGUACUGGUUGACCUAUUUCCCACCUUUGUGUGAAAGUGAUUGUACUUCACUUGGGGCUCGUAUCGAUUGGAGACGUUCUUUUGUCACCACUGAUGCCAAUCCUUAUUACGAUGCCUUUAUUAGAUGGCAAAUGAACAAGUUAAAGGCUGCUGGUAAAAUCAAAUUCGGUGAACGUUAUACUAUUUACUCUGAAAAAGAUGGUCAAGCUUGUAUGGAUCACGAUAGACAAUCCGGUGAAGGUGUUACACCACAAGAAUAUAUUGGUGUGAAAAUUGAAGCUUUAGAGUUCGCCGAUGAUGCCGCAAAAAUCAUUGAUUCAAGCUCAGAUCUUGACAAAUCCAAAAAAUUCUACUUUGUCGCUGCCACGUUGAGACCGGAAACUAUGUAUGGACAAACAUGUUGUUUUGUUUCUCCAACAAUUGAGUAUGGUAUAUUUGACGCUGGUGAUUCUUAUUUUAUCACUACUGAACGUGCAUUCAAGAACAUGUCUUACCAAAAGCUAACACCAAAGAGAGGCUUCUACAAGCCGAUAGUUACUGUCCCAGGUAAGGCAUUUAUCGGUACCAAGAUUCAUGCCCCACAAUCUGUAUAUCCAGAACUAAGAAUAUUGCCUAUGGAAACUGUCAUUGCUACCAAGGGUACUGGUGUCGUCACGUGUGUACCAUCUAAUUCACCAGAUGACUACAUUACCACCAAGGACUUGUUGCACAAACCUGAAUACUACGGCAUUAAACCUGAAUGGAUUGACCAUGAAAUUGUUCCAAUUAUGCAUACCGAAAAGUAUGGUGAUUUAACUGCAAAGGCUAUUGUUGAAGAAAAAAAAAUUCAAUCUCCAAAGGAUAAGAACUUGUUAGCAGAAGCCAAGAAAAUUGCUUACAAGGAAGAUUACUACACUGGUACCAUGAUAUAUGGUCCUUAUAAAGGUGAGAAGGUCGAACAAGCCAAAAACAAGGUUAAGGCUGAUAUGAUUGCCGCCGGUGAAGCUUUCGUCUACAACGAACCAGAAUCUCAGGUCAUGUCACGUUCUGGUGAUGACUGUAUCGUUUCUUUGGAAGAUCAAUGGUACGUUGAUUACGGUGAAGAAAGUUGGAAGAAACAAGCAAUUGAAUGUUUGGAAGGGAUGCAAUUAUUUGCUCCUGAGGUAAAAAACGCAUUUGAAGGUGUUUUGGAUUGGUUGAAAAACUGGGCUGUUUGCCGUACAUACGGGUUAGGUACCAGAUUGCCUUGGGAUGAAAAAUACUUAGUUGAGUCUUUAUCAGACUCUACUAUUUAUCAAUCAUUUUAUACCAUUGCUCACUUACUAUUUAAGGAUUAUUAUGGUAACGAAAUUGGACCAUUAGGCAUUUCAGCUGAUCAAAUGACAGAUGAGGUUUUCGAUUACAUUUUCCAACAUCAGGAUGAUGUCAAGAACACCAAUAUUCCUUUGCCUGCUUUACAAAAGUUGAGAAGGGAAUUUGAGUAUUUCUACCCAUUAGACGUCUCAAUUUCCGGGAAGGAUUUGAUCCCUAACCAUUUAACUUUCUUCAUUUACACACAUGUUGCAUUAUUCCCAAAGAAAUUCUGGCCUAAAGGUAUCAGAGCUAACGGUCAUUUGAUGUUAAACAAUUCUAAAAUGUCGAAAUCUACAGGUAAUUUUAUGACUUUAGAACAAACGGUUGAAAAGUUCGGUGCUGAUGCAGCUCGUAUUGCGUUUGCCGAUGCGGGAGAUACUGUUGAAGAUGCAAAUUUUGACGAAUCUAACGCUAAUGCUGCUAUUCUGAGAUUAUUCAAUUUGAAGGAGUGGGCAGAAGAAAUUACCAAGGAAUCUAACUUGAGAACUGGGGAAAUUACAGAUUUCUUUGAUAUCGCGUUUGAACACGAAAUGAAUGCUCUGAUUGAAAAGACUUAUGAACAGUAUGCAUUGACUAAUUAUAAGAAUGCCUUGAAAUACGGUCUUUUUGAUUUCCAAGCUGCUAGGGAUUACUAUCGUGAAGCUAGUGGUGUAAUGCAUAAAGAUUUAAUUGCACGUUAUAUUGAAACACAAGCCUUAUUGCUGGCUCCAAUUGCGCCUCAUUUCGCUGAGUAUAUUUACCGUGAAGUUCUAGGUAACCAAACCUCUGUACAAAAUGCCAAAUUUCCACGUGCAUCCAAACCAGUAGAUAAGGGUGUUCUGGCUGCUUUGGAUUACUUGAGAAAUCUACAGAGAAGCAUAAGAGAAGGCGAAGGGCAAGCACUAAAAAAGAAGAAGGGCAAGUCUGCUGAAAUCGAUGCAUCCAAACCUGUUAAGUUGACUUUAUUGAUCUCUGAAUCAUUUCCAGAAUGGCAAUCACAAUGCGUGGAAAUCGUCCGUAAACUAUUCAGCGAACAGACUUUAGACGAUAACAAAAAGGUCAGAGAGCAUAUUGAGCCUAAAGAAAUGAAGAGAGCUAUGCCAUUCAUUUCUCUAUUGAAACAACGUUUAGCUAAUGAAAAGCCAGAGGAUGUGUUUGAAAGAGAGUUACAAUUCAGCGAAAUCGAUACUGUCAAGGCUGCUGCAAGGAAUGUUAAGAAGGCAGCACAAGCUUUGAAAAUUGCUGAAUUUAGCGCAAUUUCUUUCCCAUAUGGCGCCAAAACCGGUAAGGAUAUCUUUACUGGUGAAGAAGUUGAAAUUCCACCUGUAACAAAGAUUGUUGAAAAUGCUGUUCCAGGUAACCCAGGUGUUGUCUUCCAAAAUAUUUAA